AUGUUUGCUUUUGUGUCCAUUCUCCAAGUCCCGAUUUUGUUCCCCUCCAAUCCCGCUGCUGCCCCCGCCGCGCCCACUGUCGCCCUGCCAUCGCCGGCGUGCCAAUCCUACUCCGUCAUUGUUCCUGCUCUCCGCAAGUCCAUAAACCCUAAUUCCUCGCAUCGUAUUGCUCCUCUUAUCCUGCCCAUGGCUCUUGCACUUGGCAAACUGACCAUCAUAGUUGGUGCAGGCCUUGUAGGAUCAGUUCUUGCUAAAGAAGGCAGGAUAUCUAAUGUUUCUGAUUUUUUCUCUGGUGCACUUAAGAUUGUUUUCAAGCAACUCAAACAAGAUGAUUCAGCUGCUUCGAGUUCCAAACCAAGGAAUGAUCUUUUGGUGCAACAGGUUAACAGUAUUCGUCAGGAACUGCAACUUCUGGCAUCAAAUAGAUCUGUUACGAUUGUCACUGGAGACCGAUCAGCAUCUGGCAAAUAUGGUGUGCUUGUUAUUGUUGUAGGUGUUGGAUAUGGUUACAUUUGGUGGAAGGGCUGGAGACUUUCUGAUAUGAUGUUUGCAACAAGGCGUGGCUUAAAUGAUGCUUGUUCAUCUGUGGCAAAACAGCUCGAGAAUGCCACAAGGAAGCACUUGUCCUCGAGGAUUGACCGUGUAGAUUGUAAAAUUGACGAGUGCGCUGAUAAUACAGCUGCUACAAAAGAGGAGGUAUCUGAACUACGAGGUGAUGUGAAACUAAUAGGUUCUGAUGUGCAAUCUGUUCAAUAUGUCGAAACUAAAAUUAGCAGGAUUGAAGGAAGACAGAAUGAAAUGAACUUUGGAGUUGGUAAGCUGGUUACAUUCGUUAGGAAUCUCGAAAAUAGCAGAAGCACAGAACAGAUUGAGGGAACAGCAUCAAGUUCUGCUAGGCCUGCUCUUGAAUUGCCACAAGUAUCUCCUCUAAGGGCAGUGUCUUUGCCCCCGGACAUGUUACUCGAGCCACCAUCACCUUCUAACAAGGCUAAUGGAUCUUCUCGAAACAAACUCUCGCCUUCAAAUUCAUCAAAGGGUAAAGUUUCACCAUCAGGCCUGAAGGAUGUCGGGAUUUCAAGCCUAAACGGCCAACUUCUUUCUCCUAACGGGAGUCACGCUUCUGAAGAAACAAAAACUGACACAAAACCUGACAACUCGUCUGCUGGCGUGUUCGGGAGAACAUUCUCUGGAAUUAGUGCAUCCUUUCUCACGAGGAGCCGCAGUGCAAUGCAAUCGUUUAAGUAG